UUCUCUCGGCCCUUGCGCCUGCGUACUACGGCUCGUUUCCGUCACCGCGUCCCGGAUCGGGAAGUGUCAAAGUGGGAGCCGGGAUCCCCCGCCUUCGCCGCCGCUACUGCUGAGUCCGGACCCUUCAUCCCGGCCGGGCCCUACCGCCAUGACGAACGUGUACUCCUUGGAUGGCAUUCUGGUGUUUGGUCUGCUCUUCGUAUGCACCUGUGCCUACUUCAAGAAAGUACCUCGUCUCAAAACCUGGCUGCUCUCAGAGAAGAAGGGCGUUUGGGGAGUGUUUUACAAAGGUAAGGUCUUCUCCAGACCCAGAGAGGAGAUAGAUCUUUCUCGGCAGCAUGGUUCUCUAAACUACUGUGAUUGGGACCCGGCUGCAUGCUGCUGUUGCAAUUGCCUGCAUUGUAAUGGCCUUUUACGUCCUGUUUAUCAAAUGAAUUCCAAAGUAUCCCACUCAUCAACCGCCAACCAAGGGGAUAAAGAUGAAGAACUUGUCGGAAACCUGGACAAGUGUAGGAGAGUUCAGCUAAACUCAUCAGUGCCCCUAAGAUGACACGGCAGCAUCUGCCUGCCACAUGUGGGGAAUACUCAUGGUCACGAACAUUGUUUUUACUCCAGGGGACUCCAGAAAGCCAACUUUUUUUGAUCUCUGUAUUAAUCAGCCCUCAGCAGCAAGCAUAUAUCUCCAGAUAAAUCACACCCCUUGGUGAUAUGAUUAUGUACCUCCUGCUUAAAAACCUGGGCUGGGUGGUAGCUCAGUAGUAGAGCAUUUGCUUAGUAUUGUCAAGGUCCUGGGUUUGAUCCCCAACACUGAAAAAAACAACCUGUAAUUGGUCAUCUA